CGGCCACCGACCUGCAGCAGAUGGCCAAGGGGGCAGAGAAGAUGCUGCCACCUUCAGACAAGAUGAUCUCUGGAGCAAAGGACCUGGUGUGCUCCAAGAUGACCAAGACCAAGGAUGCCAUCUCCUCUGGGAUGGCCAGCGUGGUGGACACAGCUAAAGGCGUGGUCCAGGGAGGCCUGGGCAUGACCCGAUCGACACUCACAGGCACCAAGGAUGCUGUGGCCAGUGGGGUAACAGGGGCAGUGGGUGUGGCCAAAGGGGCCGUUCAGACUGGCAUGGACACCACCAAGACUGUCUUGACUGGCACCAAAGAUGCAGUGUCCACUGGGCUCACUGGGGCAGUGGGUGUGGCCAAAGGGGCUGUGCAAACUGGGCUGAAUACAACCCAGAACGCUGCAACAGACACAAGGGACACCGUCUAUAGUGGCAUGACUAAUGCCGUGAAUGUGGCCCAAGUGGCCGCCCAGGGGGGCCUGGACACCUGGAAGGCCGUCUCUGUGGACUCUAAAGAUGCUGUGACCAGUGGGCUCCGCAGGGCAGGGGAUGUGGCCCAAGGAGCUGUGCAAACUGGUCUCAGCACCAUCCAGCAUUGGCUGCCUGGGUCCCAGGAUGCCACCUCAAGAAGACUCGCCAGUUCCAGGACCUCGGAUGAAGGAGGGGAACAAACCAUUCAAAGCCCUCAUGAGGCUCAGUCCUGCUGGGUCUCCACAUCCCCGCACAGUCUCUGUGAAGGCCUGGAUCUUAAGGGCAAAGCCACCGCCAGCACAGAGGACCUCGUGUCAGCUGUGAUGACAUUCACACAAGAGGCCGUACCGGGCAAGGAGGAUGUGGGACAUGGGGCCACCACACAUGGCCACGAAGGGGCCCAGAGCUUUGUGACACUCCGGAAUGAGUUGGAGGAGCUGGGGGAGAUCUUCCAGCCCAUGAGUGCUGAGGAACAAGCUCGGCUGGCUGUCUCCCAACCCAGGCCAAGAGUGCUCACGGCCGACCAAGGAAGCUACUUUGUGCGUCUGGGUGACUUGGCCCCCGGCUUCCGACAGCGGGCUUUCGAGCACGCCCUGAGCCAACUGCAGCAUGGCCAGUUCCAGGCCAGGGCCGUGCUGGCCCAGCUCGAGGAUGCCUUUGUCAAGGUGGUGCCAGACGCCGGGGCUCUGUCCAAGGCCUGCGGCCUCAUUCAGCAGCUCCACGUGGCCUACAGCGCCCUGGCCUCCGGCCUCCAGGGCCUUCCUGCCGAGCUCCAGCAGCAGGUUGGCCAGGCACGGCGCAGCCUCUGCGAGCUCUACAGCGUCGUCUCCUCUGCUGACUGCGGUGCAGAGCUGCCGGCCGAGCGCCUGGCUCAGAGCCGCCGGGCUGUAGUCCAGGCGUGGCAGCGGCUGGAGCGGCUGCUGGAGGGCGUGCAGCACAGCCCUCCGCUCAGCUGGCUGGUGGGGCCCUUUGCCCUGCAGCCCGAGGGGCAGCAGCUGUAGGAGCCCCUCCUCUGCCCGGGGAGCCCUCUGCCGAGCCUUCUCCCUGGCCCAAAACCAGCUCCAACCCCCAGAGCUCUGGCCCCUGCAGGCUGGCACCAAUGGAGGCACCGAGCUGCCACACCACCCACCCGGCUCCCGCCCUGCCCACACUGUCCACCUUUCUCCCCGAGCAUGGCUGGACCUUCUCCCGGCCGAGCGGCCUCGGGCUGCUAAGACCCUAGACAGGGGCCUUCGCCUGAGUAUCUCGAGCAAGUGCUCCAAUUAGGAACGAGAACUGGAGUCGUGCCUAAGUCUCGAAGGCUCUCCACUCAGCACCUGCAGUCCGACCCUUUUAUCCUUCACGUCUAGGGAGGGUCGUCUACCCAAGUCUGGGCCCUUUAGCUGCCAGCUUAGCAGGUGGCUCUGCUCCUCCGCCCUGGGCUCCAGGCAGCUCCACCCUCGCUCUCAAAGCACACACCCCUCAGCAGACAGCCUACACCCCCAGUACCAGAACGCCACCAUCGUCCUGAGGCAGGCAGGCUCCCACCGCCUCUGCUGACCCCUGGAGGGGCCAAGGGGCUUCAGGAAGACCAAGCUGCAGCAGCCACCACCGGCGAGGACUGGCCUUUGCAGGCAGGGGAUGAGCACACGUCCCUUCCUGCCUCGGCCCACUCGCCUGCUGGCCCAUCCACAUGGUCGCGGUUGAGCAUAACGACCCCAGAGCUGAUGUUCUUGGGUCCCCAAGGUGCCUGGGCACAGAGGCUGCCGAUGAAGGAAUAAAAGGGCUCCCUGACAAGGGACAGGACCCUAGGGGGCACGCGACAAAAUGUGCUUGACACGCACUCAGGUGUUGGUCACGUGCUCCAGCCCACAGACGGGCUGGGAUGGCAGCCGUGGGUCCACGGCCCCUUCCUUCCUGGCCCUGCUCUCCCUGGAGCCUCAGGGCAGCCCUGUGAUGGGCGCCGCAUGUGGGAAGCUGGAGCCACAGAGGUCCUUCCCCCACCCCUUGCCCUGUUUCUGCUCCCCUGGGGCAGAACACCAGCAGCCUGACCCUUGUUAAAAGCCCCUAUUUCCUAGAACCUGUAUCAUGCCAGCAAACCCCUGGCUGUCUCCCUGAUGGAGGGCUUGAAGCGUACCCUCCUCUCAGAAAUGACGGGGUGCUCUGAGCUCCCGGAUGGAUGCGCCAGCUCCCCUCAAAGGGUCACCAUGGCUGCCAGGAGCCCUGAGGGGCCCUGCACUUCUGGCUGUGACCUGCACCCAGUCCUUCCUUCCUUGGUUUCCAUCACGUAGUCAUCAGAGGUGGUGACACUGGAAACAGUCAUUCCCAGAAACUGAGCUCAGUGACAACCUCAAGUCUAAUCACACCAUGGCCUCUCAGUUGGGAUGAAGGGGCUCAGCCACGGGCAGGGCAGAGGACACACAGCAGAGGCCACAGUUUAACCAGCAGCUGCCGUGGCUGAGAGCCGCAUACAUGUCUGCCAUCUGAAUCCAGGUGACAGGUGAGGCAAGAGAAGCCCCAAGUGGGAUUGCCACUUGCCCCAUGUCACACAGCAAGGCUUGACCCCAGCACCCACGCCCUCUGUUAAGCACAGUGGACAGUCUGCACACAUAUCCUGGCCUGAGGCCUGGGGCCGGUGCUGCCAGAGCUCUGGGUCUUGCCCCGUGGGCCCCAGAGCCACCACAGCCUGAGCGGGAACAGGAAACGGUCAGUUGAGGGAGUGAGGCAGCGGCUGCUCCCACCCAAGCACCAGGCCACAGACACAGUAACAUCAAACCACAGCCUCCUUCCGAGCUCCAAAGUCGAGAGGUUUGUAUUCCUCCUCCUGUACUUUCGGAAAGGCCUUGCUCCACCCCUACUGACUGCCAGCCCUGUAGGGCUGGGAGCAGCAUCAGAACCAAGUUCACAAGCACUGUUAAUGGUGACCCUAUGGCUUAAAACCCUCUGUCCCGCGACAGGCCCUUGACUGCUGCAAGCCGCUCCCCAGCUCUGGCCCAGCUGUACCAGUAACACCACUAGAAAACCAAGCCAAUAAAAGUGACUUUUUUUUUUCAUUAAAAAAA